AUGGCUACCCCGCAGACAGCACUGGAUGUUCUCCGCCAAAGGACCAUUGUCGACUGCGACACAAUGGAUGAGCAAGUUACCAAAACCUUCGGCCCCUUCCAGGAUUGCACUUCCAACCAGGCCAUCGCGUUCGGAGAGCUCUCCAAGCCAGAGCACAAAGACCUGAUCACUGCAUCCGUCAAAGAAGCAAUUGAGCUAUCUCCCAAAUUUCCCGGGCCCAGCGUAGAGGAAUUGGCUGUCGAGAUUGCAAUGAUCAAACUCGCCCUCAAGAUCGCUCCUCACAUCACAGGCUACAUCCACAUCCAAACCAACCCGUACUACUCCUACUCCACGACAAAGACCUUCACAAAUGCGUGGAGAAUUAUCCUCCUCACCCACCACCUCGACCCAAACUUUCCCCAAUCACGCAUUUGCAUCAAAAUUCCCAGCACCUGGGAGGGCCUGCGCGCCUGCUCACUUCUCGAAGCCUCCGGCGUGCGCACCCUCGCCACCACCCUCUUCACCCUAACCCAAGCCGCGCUCGCCGCCGAGGUCGGAUGCACCUACGUCGCGCCUUACGUGAAUCAAUUGAAGGUGCACUUUGAACCGGGAUUCACCGACCCCACAACCCUCCUCCCCCUACCCCCUCAGAUCCAAACCUACUACCACGCCAUCAACAGCCGCACGCAAGUCCUCCCCGCCAGCUUGACGUCGACAACAGAAAUCCUCGCGCUCGCCGGCGUGCAUCACAUCACCAUCGCCCCCGGGCUGUUGCAGCAACUGGCCGCGCUGCCGGCUUCGGCUGCUACUACGGUCUCCAAUUGCUUCGAGACUACCCCACCCGGCAACUACGACGCACCGGGGUCGUUCCGGGACGAUGAGGCGGGGUAUCGGCUUGCGAUUAGUAGGGAGGGGCGGGGGGAGAGUGAGGGGAAGCUUGCCCAGGCCGUGAGUAUCUUCUGUGAGAUGCAGGAUCGGUUGGUGCAGAUGAUGGGGUUGGUUUUGAAGGGGGGUGCAUAG